AUGGGAAAGUGGCACAAAGGAACACAAACGAAGAUCCAGAAACAGUACAAAGGAACACAAAUGAAGACCCAGAACAGGAACAAAGGAACACAAACGAAGACCCAGAACAGGCACAAAGGAACACAAAUGAAGACCCAGAACAGGAACAAAGGAACACAAACGAAGACCCAGAACAGGCACAAAGGAACACAAAUGAAGAUCCAGAACAGGAACAAAGGAACAGAAACGAAGACCCAGAACAGGCACAAAGGAACACAAAUGAAGACCCGGAACAAGCAUAAGGCAACACAAACGAACACCCAGAACAGGCACAAAGAAACACAAACGAAGAUCCAGAACAGGCACAAAAGAACACAAAUCAAGACCCAGAACAAGCAUAAGGCAACACAAAUGGGAACCCAAAACAGGCACAAAGGAACACAAACGAGGAUCCAGAACAGGGACAAAGGAACCCGAAAGAAGAUCCAGAAGAAACACAAAGGAACACAAACGAGAACCCACAACAAACACAAAUGA